AACUAUGCAUCGUAGCGCAUUGUGGUUUGCGGCAAAUGGCAUUGACAUUACUAGAUUUUCCGCUGAAUGACGUUCCGCUCAGUCGCUACAUGCCAACAAGUUGAGGGAGCGGACGCCAUAUUUAGUAGCGGUUUUUACUUAUGCUACCUCGCUACCUGAGCGGAAAGUGUUACCAAUCAACAUCAUGGCUCAACAUCAAGUCAUGGCGACUUGUAGUGAAAAAGGAGAUACUUUUAUUGAAAAAGUAUACGAAUACAAAAAUAAAUUUUACCGCGUAAUAGAAAGUGCAGAGUUUCAUAACCGUCUUGCAUCAAAUCCAAAUUUAAUGGAGAUCUUUUUCAAUAAUUGUGAUACACAAGUCAGUGAAGAGACUGCUGUAGCAACGACGGAAAAUGAAACAACAGAUGCUAACAAAGAAAAUUUUUACUGGAACAACCAAAAUACAAAACUCUUAUUGCAUUUAUACCAAGAACGCAAAGAAAAAUUUAGAGAUCCCAAAGUAAAAAAAAAAUCCUUGUAGACUGAAAUGGUGAACGAAUUUAGAAAACACAAUUAUAAUGUGACAGUAGAUAUUUUGGAUAGAAAAAUGAGGAAUAUGAAAAAAACAUACCGAACAAUCAAAGACAAUCAAAAAUCAAGUAGCCGAGGAAGAAUAACCUGGGAGUUUUUUGAAACAUUUGAAAACAUAUUCUUUGAUGAUAAAACAAUGAAUAUCGGACCAACAUUGUCAUCUAUGCAAUGUAUAUUUCAGCCAGUAAGAAAAUAUAUGAAUAUAGAAGACACUUUUCUGAUGCAAAAUAUUCUAAGAUUUUUUGU